ACUCGUCAUUGUCCCACUCCACAGGCUCUAAGCCUUCUAUGCUUGGUGGUUCCCUAGCUGGUUCCUCCAACCAUUCCUCUGCGUCCAACUAGUCCAUGACUCCUAAGGCAGAACUGCAGCAGAAGUGUCUGCCCUCUGAGGAGGUUGCCCACUGGAUCUCUGAAUGAGUCUUCCAGUCGGUGACUCCUGGCAGAAACACGACAGGGAGAGUGUCCCCUGGGGCCAGGUCAUUUUUCCUCCUAUACAUACUCAGAAGUGCAUUUCCAGGUGCAAAGCGAGCACCUUAGAGCACUCCCCCCCCCCGAAAUGCUCUGCACCAUACAGGUGUUCUGCUGAUAAUGUGAUUCCUUAGGAAACAUCUUUCACAUUAUAGAAAGAUCUCCCUGGAAGUAAUAAUAAUUAAACGGGUCUAGAUAAUCAUUUACUUCUGUCUUUCAGAUUGAUUGAAAGGGAAAAUUCAGAUGGAGAAUUCAUCCAAAGAAAACACUCAGCUUUUUUCAAAAAACACAAUCCUGCCCAUUGACAGGUCUUCUUCAAGAUCAGAAUCCUCGGCUUCGAAGGAGAAAGGAACUAUCUGUGGAGGAAUGAAGAUUUUUCUUGCUGCAUUAUCGUUUGUUUACUUUGCGAAAGCUCUGUCAGGAAGUUACCUGAAAAGUACCAUCACCCAAAUAGAAAAAAGAUUUGAUAUCCCUUCGUCUUUGGUUGGCCUGAUAGAUGGCAGCUUUGAAAUUGGGAACCUUUUAAUUAUAAUCCUGGUCAGCUACUUCGGAGCCAAGCUUCACAGGCCAAAGAUCAUCGGAGCCGGUUGCCUGAUCAUGUCAUUCGGAACAUUUUUGAUAGCCAUGCCUCAGUUCUUUAUGGGACGCUAUAGGUAUGAGAUAUUUUCUUCCUCCUCCUCCAAUUCAACUGUCAGCAUCUCCCCGUGUCUCCAGGAUCAGAACCAGCUGCCUGUCUCAGUCUUGGAAAGAGCUCAGGCACAAAUCCAUGCAGGGUGCGAAAAGGAAACUGGAAUUUCCAUGUGGAUUUACGUUUUGCUGGGAAAUCUGCUACGUGGAAUUGGGGAAACCCCGAUCCAGCCUUUGGGGAUUGCGUACAUCGAUGACCACGCCACAGAAGAGAGUGCAGCCUUUUACAUUGGGUGUGUGCAGACGGUUGCAAUAAUAGGCCCCAUCUUUGGCUUUCUCUUGGGGUCCUUGUGUGCCACACUGUAUGUAGACAUUGGCUUUGUAGACAUGGACAGCAUAAGCAUAACUCAGAAGGACUCCCAAUGGGUAGGAGCUUGGUGGCUUGGCUAUUUAAUAGCCGGGGUGGUCAGCAUCUUUGCUGCUAUCCCUUUCUGGUUCUUACCGAAACAUCUUCCAAGACCAGACACCCGAAAGGAUUCCAGCACUUCCUCUGAGCAGUCCAAGUUCAUCAACGAAGAUAACCGAGAACACCGCAUCACCUACCAAGAGCAAGCGAAGUUUCUCGAGAUGGCUAGAGAUUUCCUGCCGUCGCUGAAAAGCCUCUUUGGGAACCCAGUUUUUUUUUUAUACCUCUGCUCUAGCAUCACCCAGUUCAAUUCUCUCAUUGGCAUGGUGACUUACAAAGCAAAAUACAUUGAGCAGCAGUUUGGGCAAUCAUCUUCGAAGACCAAUUUUGUCAUAGGUCUCAUCAAUAUCCCUGCUGUGGCUUUGGGAAUUUUCUCUGGAGGGCUGAUCAUGAAAAAAUUCAGGCUGAACGUUUUGGGGGCGGCCAAGCUGUCCCUGGGAUCCUCCUUCUUUGGCUACCUCCUCCUCCUGCUGCUCUUUGCCAUCGGCUGCAAGAAUGCUGACGUGGCAGGCCUGACCGUCUCCUACAAAGGCCACAAACAGGUGGAACGAACUCUGUUUUCGGAGUGCAACUCGGGCUGCAUCUGCUCCAAGAAUGAAUGGGAUCCCAUAUGCGGGGAAAACGGAAUCACCUACAUCUCGGCUUGCCUUGCUGGUUGCAAAACAUCCAAUGGAAGUGGGAAAGACAUGAUAUUUUAUAACUGCAGCUGUGUGGGGAACACGGAAUUGUCGUCAAGGCAGUCUUCAGCUGUGAUGGGACCGUGCCAAAAAGGAAACGAAUGCCCCAAAAUGUUCCUCUAUUUUCUGGUUGUAUCAGUAAUCACAUCUUUUACCCUGUCCAUUGGAGGGACCCCUGGAUACAUUUUACUCCUACGAUGCAUCAAUCCACACCUCAAAUCUUUUGCAUUGGGCAUCUACACUUUAGCCAUCAGAGUUCUUGCCGGAAUCCCGGCUCCAGUGUACUUUGGAGUCUCAAUAGACACAACAUGCCUCAAAUGGGGAAGCAAAAGGUGUGGAGGCCAGGGAGCUUGCAGGCUGUAUGAUUCUAAUGCAUUCAGGUAUAUCUAUCUGGGCUUGACUGUUGUUCUAGGCACCAUGUCUACCUUCUUAAGUGUCGCUGUCUUGAUCAUCCUGAAGAAAAGAUACACCCCACACAACGAAACCAUCCCAGCCAUUGGAGAGAGAGACAGCACCUCUGUUAAAAGCAGGAAAAGCGACUUCGUCAAUAGCGACCACGUGAUUCAGACAACCUACUGGCCAGAGAAAGAAACUCGACUUUAGGGAGACUCGAUGUAUUUUUAAGCAGUCUCUCUUCCAACGUGGAAAAUUCUGACCUAUGUUUCAUUAUAAGUUAACGUGUUUGAAUGAGAGAGCUGGGUGGGCGGGCACAACUUUUUGCUAAAUACAAUAAGCUUCCAAACACCUUUCUAGAACUUGUAGAGGCCUUUAAAAAUGCAAUAUUGCAUUUGCCUUUCUCAAAAUACAGAACAAAACUCUUCCUUCUCCACAUGAAACAAAAAUCUGGCUUGAUGAAUGCAGCUUUCCUUGAGAGAAUCUUCCGUUUGGAGUGGUUGUGGCUGGUUUGCCAUCUCAGCAUGACUAAGAAGGCAUUGUGCCCUUGUAACAAUUGCUCCCAUUUAUUAUUAUUAUUAUUAUUAUUAUUAUUAUUAUUAUUAUUAUGUUGAUGUUUAGAGCAGGGACAAGAAACUUCCAGCGCUCCAGAUGUUGUUGAACUACAACUACCCUUUGUAAAAAUGUUAUGAGAGACAUUGCACAUAUCUUUGUAAACCAGGAAAACCUUUAAUAAAAAAUAAUUUUUUUUAAAAAAAAACAACACUACCAUGAUCCCUGGCCAUUGACCAUGGUAGUGAUGGGAAGUGAAGUCCAACAAUAUCUGGCACGCCAAAGACUCCCCACCCUUGUUUUACAGGGCAAAAUAUCAACUCCAAGGCACUCAUAGGAUGACGAUUGCUCACCGCUACACUUAAAAGGUGGGGCAAGCAUCUUAGAAGCCUUCUGCGUCUGAGUGAAUUCAACCUAUGGUGGACUACUUAGCUGUCCAAUCCCUUUAUUUAUUUUGGUUUGGUUUCCUAUAGCACUCAGUAUGGCUACCUGAGCUUGCGGGAACUAUCAGCUCUCAACUGUGCACCUUCUUGGCCCUUGAGAUUAAGCAUCAAGACAGGAAAAGGGUUCGGUAUUUUCCUUUGCUUCUGGAGAGAGCAUAUAUGGAGAGGCCGAAGCGGGUGGGGUAGAGUAGCUACAUUAGCUUCCUGGUAGGUGGACCAUUGUUGCUUACCAGGAGGGAGAUGGGGAGGGGCAAGGCAGCGCGGUGCAAACACACUGACAGGAGCACUGGCUUGGCUCCACUGGCGUGUUUGCCAGCAUCUCCGAUACCUUACAGCUCAUUGUCCCACUAAGCUGCAGCAAUUCCGUUGCCCAGAAGCUAUCAUUGCAGCUCCACCCCAUCUGACAAGCAGCGUUUGUGGAGAGGGUAGCUGCAAUGUAUCGACCCUUCUUCUGCAAUAGGUCGUCAUUGAAAAGACACCCCUCUUUGUAAAAAAAGAAUACUGGCAUUUUACUCCCAAGCCUACCUACUAUUAAGUAAGGACCAACUCGCAAGUGAACAUGGCUAGGUCAGGCUGAUGAGGAAAUAACUUCUGUGACUCUCCUACAGGCAGCUUGAAGGGCAGCUAUUGUACUCCAGAUAUUUGGAAGGCUUUGGGUGACUGUUUGGUGUGGUUUAUUGGGGGAUGGGGGUGUCUGCUGCUAACUAACAAUGCCAUUUACAAUCUGGGUUGUGUACAGUAUAUAUUUUACUCCAAAUACAUAAAUAAGCAACACAAUUCUCUUUCAAAGUAACCCAGCUUCUUUCUAAGAAAAGUUGCGUUCUACAGCCUCUGUCUGUAACCCAAAUUUGCACGUAUUUUGCUAUUAUGUAUAAAGGAUUGUACUUUCAUAAUUUACAGUCUGAUCCCAUAAUGUUUAUUCACAUGAAGGUCAGUGGGGGUUAUUCACAAGCCACUAUUCAUAGGAUUGCUGCCUUAAUCAUUGUUACAGGUAGGUAGCCGUGUUGGUCUGACGUAGUCGAAACAAAAUAAAAUAUUCCUUCAAGUAGCACCUUAAAGACCAAGUUUGUCAUUGGUAUGAGCUUUCAUGAAGAAGUGUGCAUGCACACGAAAGCUCAUACCAAUGACAAACUCAGUUGGUCUCUAAGGUGCUACUGGAAGGAAUUUUUUUAUUUUGUUUUGCCUUAAUCAUUGUGAGGGACAGGAAGCCACUAGAUCAUUGAAUCUUCUUACUGGGGAUAGGAAAUGACAGAACAUUUUGGUGGGUGGGGUGACCUCGGGUGCCCAAUAAAUUCCCCCUUUUUUGUACAAUUUUUUAAAAGCUUUGUAUUUGCUUCAAGCAGCUGGGAAGCUUUUAUAUAUAUAUAUAUAUAUAUAUAUUCAAGAAAGUAAAGAAGAUAAACACAACCUCUUGCCCAUUAUUAUUCAUUUGUCUAUCAUAUUAAACAAGGGAAGUCAAGCCUACCAGCUCCAUAAGUCUCUAAAAUUCUCAGAAAUUUCCCCCAAAGCAGCCAAAAUUUACCUUCCACCUUCACAGGGGACAAAUGGCCCCAUGAAAAUUGAGCAGGAAAUAACAAGGCUUCCACGAUUCGUUGUAAACUAGUGGUGUUUAUCAGAUUUAGAUAAAUUCCAAGGUGCUGUGGGGCACCUCAGAGAGAUUUUGGGCUUGUCAGAGGUGAAGGGGGAUCUGUAUGAGACAGCACACACUGAAAUAGGGAGCCCUGAAGUGCUUUGUGGCCCCUCAGUGAUCCAGACAUUUUUAAAAAAGGUUGUAGGCAAGUGUCUGCUCAAAGUGAUUGUGCUUCUCUAAACUUACCAUUGUGCCAAGGUGGAGUGAUUGAAGGAAAGGAGAGUAAAGGUCACAAUGAGAAGAAAGUAGUGGAGGAACCCUGCUAACUGAUCAACAAAGCUUGUAAUCAGAGGGAAUAAUUUAACCUGGAAAGUGAAUCCCUUUUGGUUCUUUCUAAUCCCAAAUCUAUUUUUAAAGUGGCAAUCACAAAAGCUCCUGGACUUAUUUGUCUCAGCUCACACAUUUCUUACUCAGGGGCACCUUGUGUCUGUAUUUUUCAGACCUGUUGCCCACAAAACCCCAUGAGAAGAUGAAUGGCUUCCAUUCUUUGCUCACCCUACAACUGCAAUGGCUGUCCUUUGUCCAGUACCACCUCAACAUAGAAAAGUUAUCCAUGUUUCCUUUUUUUUUUAAAAAAAGAAACUUUACAGUUGCCAUGCACAACACCCGCUAUUUGCAUAUAAAUUAGUAAGCUUUAUCCACUCUGGAGAUGGAAGUAUGCCUGAGAAUUUCAUCCACUUCUGCCUAAAGGAAGGGGGAGUUAUAGCCAUUUUCAGAUUUCCCAAUUGUAAAUGGGGGGAGGAAUAGUGGACUCAGUGAUGGCUGCUCUUGUGGGGAAACUGCUGCAAGCUAUCCUUGAAAAAUAGAAUAAGAAAUAUGCCCUUACAAGCCGUGACCUUGUCUGCAAAUUUCAUCCAAUUCUGCCACCCCAAAAUAAAGUUAUAGACAAUUCAUUUUUUUGUUGGAGGGGGAGGCCUAUUUUAGUCUAGAACAGAAGCCCCUGCAACUACAGUGGUACCUCGGUUUAAGAACCAUCCAGUUUAAGAAUGAUUCGGUUUACAAACUCCGCAAAACCAGAAAUAGUGUCUUGGGUUGAGAACUUUACCUCGGUCUAAGAACAGAAUCCGAAUGGUGGAAGGGAACCGGCAGAGGGAGGCCUCAUUAGGGAAAGCACGUCUCAGUUUAAGAAUGGUUUCAGUUUAAGAACGGACUUCCGGAACGGAUUAAGUUCAUAAACCUAGGUACCACUGUAUUUGCUUUCAGUUUGGCAGGCUUUGUGCACUCUGGAUGGGCUAGCAUCUCUGAAAAUUCAACCCACUUCUGUUCAUCUGCAAUUUCUCAAUAGUGGGGGGGGGGAGAGAGAGAGACCCCAAGCUGAAUCAGACACCUUAUGAAGUGCCUUGGGCCAAGAUGGACUGUUUCAUGAAGUGCCAAACUGGGAUCCAAACAAAAUCUUGUGGUUGGUUGACGACACUUUUCUGGAAGUAGGACAAAAGAAUGUGCACAGAUCUGGCCAUCUCAUUCCACAUCUUGGUUUGUUUGUUUUGUAUACAGUUUCUAGCUAUGAUGUAAUAAGUGAUUUUGAAAAAAAUCCUUUGGAAACAAAUUAAAAUAUAU